AUGAAGAACGCUGAAGUCGUCAAGCUGCUCUUCAAGACCCCCGCCCGAACUGAGCCCACCACGUUCGAGGCUGUAGCGGAGGAGUGUGCUAAGAAAGGUUGUACUCCGAUCCGCAGCUUGUUCGUACAAAAGGAUGCUGCUGAUACCUACGGAUGGACGAAGCUGGUCGCCCUCAAGAACAUCCCUCUCGCCCACGUUGAUGACGAUAUCAUUCGCUCUGCCAUCCGCUACAAGGCGAUGGAUCGUGCAACCCCUCUGAAGCGAAUGACGUCUCAAGUUGGAGUAGCAACUUCCUCGGCAACGAACAAGUCCAAGAGGAAAAGGGCUGCGGAAGCACUAGACGAAAAGAUCAACAAGAAGGCCCGCAAGAUGAGCAUUCGUCAGUCCAAGUACUUGGCCGUGAGCUGGAUUCCGGCAACGUCUGUUGUCGUUGAACGGUUCUUCUCCACCGUUAAGAGCACCAUCGGGUACCUGCGGAAGAGCAUGAGCUCCGAGACUCUCGAAGUCAUCAUGUUCUUGAAGCUGAACUGGGAUCUUGUGACGCUGGCCGAUGUGUCAGCAGCAAUUGUGCAGUCAAAAGCCAACAAUGAAGAUGAGGUAGCGGAGCAAGAGUAG